GUCGAUAAAGCCCCCUCGCCGCAGUCGACAUGCGCGCCCUCCUCGAACUGACCCUACCUACGUAGCCCGUUCCGCUCCCGCAUCGACGUGUCUGUCAGUCACGUCUGGUCUACUUCUCUACCAAACCCCCCACCUCCCCCCAUCGCGAACAUCAUCACGAAUUGACAGCCUCGCCAUGUCAUCCGCCGCCUCCUCCCCCUCCUUCGCCACGCCCCUCCCGCAGUCCCCGCGCUCGCCCGUGCUAGAAUGGCGCUUCCCCAAGCCCUACAGCCAGUACGUCCUGACGGGCCGGUCGCGCGCCGCCUGGCACACGAGCUUCGUCGUGCCGCAGCUCAACCUACUGCUCGACGCGGGCCUCUGCGUCAACAAGCUGCGCCCCAAGCACGUCUUCCUCACCCACGGCCACAGCGACCACACCCUCCUCGCCCCCGCCUUUGUCAAGCGCGACGACCCGCCCGACGUCUUCUGCCCCCGCGAGAUGGCCCCCGCGUUUGACGACUUUGUCCUCGCCAACACGAUGCUCAACCUCGGUGGGCUGGUGCGCGUGGCCGACGCGGCGCGGGAGGGGCUGCUGCGGACGGGUGACGGCGAUGGUGAUGACGGUGACUGCGGCGAUGGUGAGGGUGAGGAUGAGCGCGACGGCGACGGCAGUGGGAGACGGGAACGGAGCGCCGACGAGCGUGCCUGGCUCGGCACGCACGUCACGCACGGCGUCUCGCCCGGCGACGAGGUGCCGCUGCGGCGCGCCAAGGGCAUCACGGCGCGCGUGUUUGCGUGCGACCACACGGUCCCCUGCGUGGGCUACGUCUUCAGCCAGACGACGCACCGGCUGCGGCCCGAGUUGGCGUCGCUCUCGGGCCCGGAGCUCAAGCGGCUGCGCGAGGAGGCGGCGGCGGCGGCGGCUGCAUCAUCGUCCCCCUCCGCCGAACACGACCCAUCAUCGUCACCGUCGUCACCGUCGCCGUCAUCCAUCACGGAGCCGCACACGGCGCCCAUCUUCGCCUUCCUCGGCGACACCACGGCAGCGACCCUGGCCGCAGCGCCCGACUGGCUCCGGGCGGGCAUCCCCGUGGUGGUGACCGAGUGUAGCUUCCUGCGCGACGAGCACGCGGCGCAGGCGGAGCGCACCAAGCACACGCUCUGGCGCGACCUCGAGCCCGUGGUGCGCAGGUGGCCGCGCACCACGUUUGUGCUCAUGCACUUUAGCCUGCGGUACAGCGACGCCGAGGUGGCGCGCUUCUUCCGCGACAUGGACGACGUGCCGCCCAACAUUGUGGUCUGGGCGGAUCCCGAGGCCGAGUGAUGGUCUCCUUUUCUUUACGAGGGCAGGUUGUUAUGUGUGGCGUUGAACAUGGGCACGAUGAAGUGAGUCUGAUACCAAGCUAGAGUACAGCAUAGUUAGUACAUAGACGGGCGCGGCGUUGGCGGAUACACGGACAGAUAGACACGCUUGUUGAAAGGGUAGAUGCAUCGGAGAUCCAAGCACCAGAUGAAUAUCAAGACAGGCCUC